UAUCUGCUCCCUCGUCUCCUCCCAAACUUUCUCUUUUGCUUUCUUUCCUUAGACUCAAAGUUUCCUCCUCUUCCUCUUCUUCAUCUGCUUCUGCUUCAUUGGCUUCUAGAUUCCUUUCUGCAAGAAACCGGUUUCAAGAGAAAGAAAACCUUAUCUCUGUUCUUCAAUGGAGGAUGUAGACUCUCACUACAGACCCCAACGACCGAGUUCUGAGGUAGGACCUUCAACUCCAAUUGCAGCAAGUAAGUUCUACGCUCAUUUCCUGUAUAAAGCUGUUCUUGUCGCAAUUUUGCUUAUUGUUGUUCCACUUUUCCCGUCUCAAGCUCCCGAAUUUAUCAAUCAAACUAUACUGGCCAGAAGCUGGGAGCUUCUUCAUCUUCUCUUUGUUGGUAUUGCCGUCUGUUACGGCCUAUUUAGUCGACGAAAUGUCGAAACAGAGAAGGAAAGCCAGACAAAAAUAGAUAGUGCUCAAAGUUACGUCUCUAGAAUUCUUCAGGUUUCUUCAGUUUUUGAUGAUGAGGUCGAAAGCCCAUGUGGGUCUGAUGAGAACAAGAUCCAAACCUGGAACUCUCAGUACUUUCGUGGGGAACCCGUCGUUGUUGUUGAGCAAGAAACCCCUGCUCUUGAUGAGCAGAAAAGUACCAUCAGUACUAUUAGUAAUAAACCACUUCUUCUGCCUGUUCGAAGCUUGAAAUCCCGGGUUUCACACCGAGAUGCUCUUGAAUCCACCGUUGAACCUCAUGGUUUAUCGUCGGCUUCGCUCAGCAGGUCCAAUUCAGGUUCAAAGAGUUCUAAUAAAACCAGAAAUGGGGAGUUGGGUGGUUUGGAUCCUCUAGAUUUGGAGGAGAAAUUGAAGGAAAGUGUUGUCCUUCCAUCCCCAAUUCCUUGGCGUUCUAGGUCGGGAAGAAUGGAAAUGAAGGAAGAAACAGGUGCUAUAACCCCUCCUCUGUAUUCUCUCCCUCCUUCAGUUGACGAAUCUGAAUUGGAUCCGCUCGAGUCACGGUCCUUCCAAUCCCAAACGUCUUGGUCAUCUCGACCCAGUUCAACGACUUCCUCGCCGAAGAAGCUGUCUCCUGCUCCUUCACUUUCGCCAGAACUGCGAGGCAAGAGUGUGGAAGAAAUGGUGAAGAAGAAGAGCUUUUACAAAUCUUCUCCCCCUCCCGCCCCACCACCGCCACCUCCAUUCUAUCGAAAGUCUGCAUUCUUGUCAUCGAAUUCUAGCUCAGCAAGCGAUGGGUCUUCUUAUGGGAAGAGGGACGUGAGGAGAAGCAUGGAAGACGAAUUGAAGGAUUUUAAUAGGAAGAGGAUGAAGGAUAUGCGGAGCAGAAGCAACUUGGGGUCUGGCAGUUUCAAGUCUGAUGGUAGGCCAAGAACUAAUAUUGAAAGAUCAUCAUCAAUGGGAAGAUCGGUUAGAACAAUUAAAGCAGGCGAACCAGUUUUGGAGGCAAGGAAAGCUCGAGAAAGCAAUGAAGAACGAAUGGAUGACAAGGUUGGAAAAAGAAAGGUGGGAGGGCCGGAGCAACUUCCAGUUAUCACAGAAAAACCAAAGCCAUCACUGUCCAAAUAUCAAAUAGAGGAGAGUAAAGAAUUUCUGGACAAGGUUACUGUGGAAUCUGAUGAAGACUCUGAUUGUGAGGCUGACGACUACGAAGAAAGCUUUGCCGAUGAAGAAGCUGCCUCCAACACUGGCACUGAGGCUGGGGGCGAUCCAAAUGAAGUGGACAAGAAGGCUGCCGAGUUCAUAGCCAAAUUCAGAGAGCAGAUUAGGCUUCAGAGGAUUGAAUCCAUCAAGAGAUCAACAGGGCAAGCCAGUAGUAGAAGCUCGUCAAGGUAAACUUGAAGCUUCUUCUGCCCUAUAAAAUUCAAAACAAUAUAUCAAUUUGAAGUUUAUGUUUUUCUUCCACUUUUCCCUUCUCUUUUAUGUUCAUAUUUGCCACUUGGGUAUCAAGUUAAUUUUGAAAUUCAUAGCCAUGGAGAUGAGAUGCGAAGAUGAUCUACAUGGACUUACAAUCUCUGUAACCAGCGUCUAGAUUGGAGAAGUAUCGCUACUGUUAUUUAUUUUCAUUCUGGUUGGUUAUAGCGGGUUGAUGGCUUUUGAUCUUUUGAGCUGCUGUACUUGAACAGUUGAACCGCACAUCUUUUUAAAGAAUGUGAGUUCUUAUUCAGUUGCCUGCAACCCCUUUAAGAACCAAACUCCUUUACCUUUGUUAUACAUUUCAGAAUUCAGAGUCUCUGGACGGAACUUGGAUUACUGAUCAGUGAUCAUGAAAUAUUUUUCUUCCCUUUCUUUUCUUUUUCUUUUAUUUUGUGGUGUUAUGGGCAGUUGGAAUGAAUUAGAACUUUCUAUAAUAUAUUGGGCUAAUGUCGUUGGUGUGGGCC